CUUUACAAAUAAUAUAACAGUGCAAGCCUACCAACCACCAAAACCUCACCACCAUGAAGCUCAUCUUUGCAACUACACUAUUCUUGGCUUCGGUCAUGGCCAUGCCCAGUCAACUUGCAGCCGCGCCUGAUGCUACUACUGAGAUAGGAUAUGUUCAAGGAGCUCAAAGCGGGCCUCAAAAUGACGUGAGCAAGAGAGACCUCGUGAAAGAGAGUAGAGAGGCAGCGAAUGAAUUCUGUUCAGGAUAUCUUGGAUAUUGCUCAGACACCGUCAAGUGCUGCGAUGGCCGUAUCUGCACACGUUGCGUAGGGGAUACUGCCCCGAUAAACAUUUGCCAUCCUGCUCAAUGCGAAGCUUUUAAAGCCUAAAUGGGUACAUUAGAGCCACAGCGGUUGAUCGAAUACCCAUUUAGGUGUUCGGAGUUGUAUUUGUUGGCAAAAGAUGUUUGAUUUGCAUGUGUUUAGUAUACAAGUGAUAGACGGCGGUGGGGGAAGCAAUACUGGACUUUCAGUUGUAAUCUUUUAUUAUUUUAGGGACUUGUCUUGUAUUAUGGAAU